AUGGAAUGGGUGGAGAGUGUUAUGGAAAUGGGAAUUGGUAACAAUGUUCUAGUAACGUGUAAACGGAAAGAUGCGCGGCAAAAGAUGAAAAGAUUGAAAAAAAUACAAAAAGCUGCUUUUGCCACAGGAAAGAAGGUUGAAAGUGUUAUCUUUGAGUCGUUUGCUCAAAAAAACAGCAGAGAAAAGAAAAAAAAGAGGUUGAAGCGGAAAAGGAAAUCAUUUAAAGAACUAAAUGGAUCUAGUGCGUUGAAAGAUGGUAACAGUCAAAAAUUAGAAUUAGUACGAGGCAUUGAAGAUGACGAAGCAGAAUUAGAGCGUUUAUCAAAAAAACUUGGAUAUCGCAGAACAAGAAGUCAAAAGCUGCCAAGAGCAUUCAAUGCCGAGGGGCUUGACUACCUCUUGGAGGUAUGUGAUAAUAUCAAAAAGUCGGAAGCCUGGUACUCCUCACCAAAAAAUGAAGAUUCCGUGGAACAAGGGUUUUCGUUAGUGUCUGAAAGCAGUUCACUUCUUGAGGAGGACUGCGAGGGGGAAUUUGAGACAGAUGACGAGAAGGAAAUUGAAGAACAUGUGCGAACAGAAAGUAGUGGCGGAGAAGAAUUCACAGAAGACAUUUACGGCAGAACAGUGGCUAAGAAAACUGGAAUGGUAAUCGUACCUACUUCUAAUGUUCAAAAAAAAUUUCGAGAAUUUAGAGAGGACAACAUUGUUACUGACGAUGAAGAAAGAGAAAAAUUAGAAAGGACUUUAAGAGGAUUAGUUAACAGAUUGAAUGAAAAUACAAUUGUGGGUUCGGUGAAAACUGUGAAGGAGCUUUUUUCGUCUCACAGCCAUAAUAAUGUUAAGAGCCUCCUGUAUCUUUCUUUACUGAAUAUCGUUGUUGUCGAAUAUCGCCUCCCUGACCGUAUUUUGAUCGAACUUGCAUUGUUUAUUGCUUUAUUGCAUAUUCUGGUGUCGGCUGACAUCUCUUCCCAUUUCGUCGAGAGUUUUGUUUUGGAAUAUUUGAAGAGGAUGCAACUUCUAGGCGAAGACAAGUCAUUGGAAAAUAUGUCGCUGCUGUUAGCAGAACUUUUUAACUUCAAGGUGAUUAAAAGCACUGUAAUCGGUGAUGUAGUUGAUCGCUUGGUUGGAGCUGGCGGAUAUAAAGCUUUGGAGUGCGCAAAACUGCUUUUAGCUUAUGCGGGAGUUCUUCUUAAAAAGCGAGACUGUAGUGCUUUGCAAGCCUGUAUCGUCAGGGUGCAAAGUUCCUUAAUGGAACAUGCUAAAGAAGUGGUCAAAGACCAACAUCUUCAGUUUAUUGUUGAGGAAUUCCUUAACCUAAAAGGUGCGAAUAUUCGGAAAUGGACAGAAUCUAUCGAUUUUUCACUCCUCGAGCAUUACAUGAGCUUGUAUCGUGGUCUUACUAAAAAGGUAGAUAGAGAGGACGAACUGGGUAUGAGCGUUGAUGACAUUGAACAUGUAAAAGAAAGGGGUCGUUGGUGGCUUAUCGGUUCAGCUUGGAAUGAAGCUUCACAUAUUACGUCUGUUCCUGGUGCAGGAAAUCUUACAGUAAAGGAACCAAAGUUUGAUAAACCUCUAUUGGAUUUGGCUAAGAAGGCAAAAAUGAACACAUCAGUAAGGCGAGAUGUCUUUUGCACGUUAAUGUCUUCCAAGAAUGAAUCAGACGCUUUUGAGAAACUGAUGCGGUUAGCAUUGAAAGGUCAGCAGGAGAGAGAAAUUAUACAUAUUUGCAUCCACUGCGCUCUUCAAGAAACCAAAUACAAUUCAUUUUAUUCUGCUGUUAUAGAACAGUUCUGUUUGUUUCAUAAAAGGUUUAAGUUAACGGCGCAGUACGCCUUAUGGGAUCGGAUAAAAAAUUUAUCGACGUUUAAAGAGUGGCAGCGAUCGCACCUUGCUACGUUAACAGUUGAUAUGAUUGUUAACAAAGCUGUUGGGUUAACCGUCUUAAAGGUUGUUGAAUUUGGCACUAUUGAUGCGACCGCUACUUGUUACAUCCGUCGUGUACUGGAAAGUAUUUUGCUACGGUGUAGUAACGAUGCAUUACGAGAAAUCUUUGAAGGAGUUAUCACUUCAUCGAGACACAAAGUUUUUUCUGAAGGUUUGCAUAUCCUUGUUUGUAUGAUUUCAAAAGACUCUGAUGAUGAAGUCAUUCUUUCUCGUAUUGGUUUUUUAAAUUCAAUUUGGGGAGAUGAUAGAUUAUGA